AAAGGUUGUUCCAGUUGGGUAUCUAAAAUGGCAGAGCCAGAAAGAACAUUUCAUCCUGUGGAUUAUGUCUUGUUUGGUUUAAUGUUGUUAGUUUCUGCAGGUAUUGGUAUAUACCAUGGCUGUACUGGCGGGAGACAACGUACGACCAGUGAAUAUUUACUUGGUAAUCGUAGUAUGCAGACAUUUCCCAUCGCUGUAUCGCUACUAGCCUCUUUUCUUUCUGCUAUAACUUUACUCGGCGUUCCAAGCGAGAUUUUUACAUACGGAGCACAAUAUACGGUGUUGCUCUUUUCUUAUUUUAUCCUCACAGCAACCGCUGCUAUUGUAUUUGUUCCAAUUUUCCAUGGAUUGCAUUUAACCAGUGCUCACGAGGUAUUGACACAUAUUAUAUGAUUUUAUACAUGUACAUAUUCACCGUAAUUGCAGUUCACCUGAGGGCAAGCCCGACUUUAUAUUAUUCAAAUCGCGAUAAUAAGUACUCAACAUAAUAACAUAUACCUGUAUAUUCCAUUUGGAUCGAAAUUAGGAGCUGUAAGCGUAUUAAAUACUGCGCCUUUCUCGUUGUCUGAUUUGGUUAAUUAAAUCCAAAGGGUUUUGUACAAGAAAUAGAACAUAUGCGUUGCAGUUUAAUAUAUAUAUGCAGUUUAAUAUAUAUAUAUAUAUAUAUAUAUAUAUAUAUAUAUAUAUAUAUAUAUAUAUAUAUAAUAGGAAGUAAAAUAAAUACAUAUUUUAUGUCUCUCAGGUAAUAUAUAAAGGAUGGAGUUCUCCGAGAGCAAUAUCACAUACGUACCCUUUUCUAGAUAUAUGCAAAAUUAAAAACAAAGAUUAACAUACGAUAGCAUUCCUCCACUCGUGAGCUCAUUUACCGAAGCAAAUGUCCUGGAGGAAUGCUAUCGUAUGUUAAUCUUUGUUUGUAAUUUUGCAUAUAUCUAGAAAAGGGUACGUAUUUGAUAUUGCUCUCGGAGAACUCCAUCCUUUAUAUAUAUAUAUAUAUAUAUAUAUAUAUAUAUAUAUAUAUAUAUAUAUAUAUAUAUAUAUAUAUAUAUAUAUAUAUAUAUAUAUAUAUAUAUAUAUAUAUAUAUAUAUAUAUAUAUAUGCGAAAUCGUUCCAAUUGUAUAUGCGAAAUAUUGUCUAUCGCGAGUUUCUCAAAUUUCAUCUCAAAUUGCAGUCGUGUAUGUGGGGACGUCUAACACAUUGGUUUCUAAAUACAAGUGCCAUGAACAAUAGCGAGGCUCAGCCGAGUCAUUGUUUAUGGCACUGGGGAUUUGGAAGCCAAGUUUAAAACGCUAACGAGGAUUUGAAAUUGCUUCUCUCACAUACAUUAGCUAUUCAUAGCCAUGAGGCAUGGGGCAUUGACGAUUACAUUCGCUUGAAAGUUUGCAUGAAGUGUAAGGAAGCAUUCAGUUCGAUUUCGUAGAUGAAUUUUGUUGCCAAAAGAGCAUGGCAUCUUCUUAUAAGAAAAAGCGGUUUCGAGAGCCGGUAUGAGCACUGUAUUGAAAAUGUCAGUAAAUUAAAGAAAGCCACUCCACGUAGUGCGAUGUACAAAAAUCGAUGGGCCGUUCGCAUUUUUCAAGAGUGGCAAAGCGAGCGUAAAAACAAGCAAGCUAAUGAUGAGGAACUCAAUCCGAGUAUUGAUAUUUGAGGUAAGCCAUGUGUUUGUGAAUUUUGUAUUUGGGGAUAUUUUCAAAAUACAGUAAAGUGUAUUACCGAAAUCAGUAGAUUGUCUUUUCCGGAAGUUGAAAAGACAAUCAAAAGCCAGUAGAUACUUUCAUGUUUUAUGACGUCACGAUGAAAGAAUGUAGCGUGGAACUUGUAAGUUAUUUUUAUCAUUUAUAGACCUGGAGCGAGGGGGAUUCGGCAAAAUAUUACCCGAAGUGAUGAUAUUUCCCGAGGGGCUUUGCCCCGAGGGAAAUAUCAUCACUGAGGGUAAUAUUUCGCCGAAUCCCCCGAGCGGAAGGUCUAUAAAUGAUAUAUUAUACCGAAAAUUAAAAGCCUCCAAGUUGAGAAUUAAAAACUUAAUACAUUACACAUACCUUCGGCUUCGUGAAUACGAUGUUUUAUUUUCGGAUUAACGCCGUCAAUGCUUUUAAUGCCGUUCUAGUACUUUUGGUCGUGUUUUUAGAAUGUCUUUCGUCUAAAAUUCUGGCAAUUUCUAGAUGUUCUUCCGAUGCAGAAUCAUGGCUGGCCAUUUUGAAUUAAAUAAAUAACAAUUUCCCGCUUUUUUCUCCACACGUCAGUCUCGUGAGUUGCGUGGCUUCCACGAUUUUAAAUAUCCACCGCUGUACCGGUGAAUACGAGGUGGGCGCUGGUCAAAAGGACUGCAGAAAUUAAUAUCCACCGCUCUACCGGUGAAUACGAUGUGGGCGCUGGUCAAAAGGACGGCAGAAACUAAUAUCUACGAGUAGAUGUCGGAAUACGACGAUAUAUUUCAUCCUCACGUGGGCAAAAUGGAGCAUUUUAAUUGGACGUUUUGAAUUUGAGGUAUAAUAUUACUUAUUAGUAACUCCCUGUAGUAACUUUGCAUUUCUUCUCCCAGUGCCUUCCCACGAAUAAAAGUUCUCCCUAGUGUGAGGCGGUUUCUACAAAAAAACGAAAACCGACCAAAAAAACCGAAAAACCGAGUGAACAGGUUUUUUUAAAAAAUAUGUUCGAAAAUCGGUUUAAAAAAGACAACAACACACGCUAUUGAAUAUUUUAGACUUGUCUUCGCAGACGUCCGCCUUUAUUACUAGCGAAUCAAAAUUCACCAUCGCUUGAUCCGCUUAUCCGUUCAAGACUUCAAGCUCGCGCGAAAUUGUAGAAUGAUAUUUAUAACGUAAGGUAUUUUGAAGAUAUCAUCAAAUUUCAAACAAAAUCUCUUUAGUUUUCGUGUGUAAAUGCCAAAACUUGAUUCAUUUGCAAGAAACUCGUAUAAGUCUGUUUCGAUUUCGGUUUUCCCCCGGUUUUUUGGUUUUCCGGUUUUUCUCCAAAAGUAUGAACAUCGUCAUCGAGUAAUUCGGUUUUAAAAAAACAUCGUUUUUUUUUGGUUUACCGGAAAACCGCCUCACCCUAGUUCUCCCUUUGUUCAAAGGCUUGUUUUGUGUUUGGCCAGCCAUUGUCACUUUGUCAAACUAAAUAAAGUUACUAAGUAAGUAAAAUAACGUACAAGUUCUACGUACGCUGCAUUCCUUCACCGUGACGUCAUAAAACAUGAACGUUUCUACUGGCUUCUGACUGUUUUUUGAACUUCCGGAAAAGUAUCUGAAUUAAAUUUGCAAUUUGUAUUUAACCCCUCAAUUUCUCUCAGCUUCAAAGCCCUGCCCACUUGAAUAUAUUAAGAGUCUAAUCUGGAUUGGGUUUUCAUGUACAAACACGUGAGCUGAAUGAGGACGUAUUAUUGGCCGAAUUGCUAUGAAUUUCUUAUAUGAUGUGUGAGAAUGUGACAUUUUCUCGAUAGACCGGCAGAGACUGAGAGACAUCAAAACUUUGCAACUCGUCAAGUGUCGAGUAAAGUCUACGGUCCUCAAAAACUCGUUUUAUUCACUUUUUAAUGCAAGAUAAUUACUUAUGCUUAGCUUAGGUGUCUGGCCGCCAGUGAACUCAAUCUAUUUACCUGGGGCCGGUUGUAUAAAACUCUUAAUCACUUUUUUAAUCACUAUUUUGUAGUUAAACAGCGAUUAACUUUAAUCAUGUAGUUAACUCGGUUGUAUAAAAACUAAGUGGUUAGCGUUAACUGUAGUUAAAACGUAGUUAAAGUUAACGGUGCUUUAGGGUAUCGUUAAUUUCUCAAAACGUAGUUGAAAAUGGCGCUUGUAUAGGAGGGAACAACAUUUUUCAGUAAAACAAUAAUGAAAAGCAACGCUUACCUGGGAUUUUCAAUCGCUAUCUUCCCUGUGAAUGUUUCCUGACAAUAUAAACUCUUCAAACGCUAUCGCUUUUCUUUCUUGGCGAAAACAAAAUACAUUUUUGCACGGGAAGAUUUCUCGAAGACGACGUAGGGUCCAUUACACGAAGAAACAUGAUAUAUAAUUGCCAAACAGUUUUAUUUUGGUUUAACGUAGACAUCUCAAGUGAAGAACGAGCUUCUUCGUUGAUUUUAAACUUGUUUCCUUGUUUACUCUUCACUGUUUUGAAUAAAAUUCCCACCUAUUUGCAAAAUGUGAGUCCACAAUCAUGUCAGAAAUGCUUGUAAGCGGUCGUUAAUCACUCUUUACUUUAUGUAACUUUACCGUUUAACCACCCCAAGCAAGCCCCACUCAAGUUAACUACGUGAUUAGUUCAUCAUCCGACAAACUACGUUUUGUGCAACGCGAUUAAGUCGUGUAGUUAAAGAAUCAUUGUCAACUACAAUGCAUUGCGCGCUCGUGUUUGUUUAUACAUACGGGAAAUGUGCAAUUAAAUAUGAUAAUUAUUCGCGUGAUAUGAUAAGUAACUUCGCUGCUAGCCAGCCUGCUAUUACAGUAUUAUUUGAAAGCCUUCGCAAAUAAAGAGAAAUGUCUGACUCCGAUUCAGAUUCAGAUUUAAAUGUUUCACGUUAUGAUCCGGAAGAUAAUUUAAAUAUGUACGGUUCACCAAUUCAUACGGAACAGCGUGGGAAUAACGAUAUUAUUGACGAGGAACAACCUGGGCCGUCGAAUGUUGUCCUUGACCAACCAAAUAGACGAAGUCAAGUAAGUUGAAUAUUUGUAUUCUAUGGAUGGGCUAAAACCUACAUCCAUGAAAUUCUGAUAGGUUUUUUGUCAAAUGCAUUAAAUAUUCUAAUCUGAAUUGUUGUUUUACGUUACAGUUCUGUAGCUGCAAGAACACUUGCAGUAAAGGCAGCGGCAGAAAGAAACGUGGUUGCCCUUGCCGUGACGAUGGGUUGCGUUGUGCCGACAUGUGCAAGUGUGGCACUAAAAAGGCGAGCUGCAAAAAUAAGGAUUGUGCAAGCGGCGAAGCUGAUCCCCAGAAUGCCAACGCUGGCCGAAAUGCCUUUGAACGCCACCAGAUCGCCGUGGAAGAAGCAAAACAACAAAUUACGGUGAGCGACUGAGGCUUGUACAUACACGAUACAAUAUUAUAGUAUGAUUCUCAAACUGUAUACUUGGCCCACAUGCCCCCAAAGUUACCUACAUGUGAUAAAAUUUUUGUAUUGUCACUGUUUACGUGCAUAACAAAGUACAUAUAUUGUAAUAGAAAUUCAUUGGCACACUGGAUGAAGGACAAAAGGAUAGAGUUCUCCUAGAACUACUUUCAAAUGGAAAAGGGAGCUUGGAUUAUGCAAAGAAUAUUGUGGAAUUUGGUGGUGCUGUUCCUUCUCUACCUCCUACUAAGCCAUCCUGGUGCACUUGUGGUGUUUGCCGGCCAAUGCCCACCGAGGAGGAAAAUAAAUGCUGUGGUAAAAUCAGGUGUGUCACAUCAUUUGUAACAUUUCAGAACACUUGUACCGACAGAGAUGUUCUUGUCAUGGCAAUCAGAGGGCGGUGUGAUGUCAGAGCCGAAGAACCAGAGUACUCUACUAACAGUUUCAGAAAGGCUGCUUAUCGCCAAUACAUCUUGUGGAGAUACAAGAAAUUAGGAAGGGGAAAUAGAAGGGUGUGCCCUUCUUGUGUGGUACUUGCAAUAAGGCAAUUGUACCCUGCACAGGAUGGAAUAUAUAUGGGAUUUAAAAGAGCAUGAGCAAUUAGUUGCACAGUUACAGUUGUCACUAAAUAUUUUGUUAUGAGUGGUAAAUCCAAGUAAAGACAGAUUUUAUUCACCUACAUUUUAAUUAGUCCCCUAUAUUGUCUUUCUAGAAGAUAAUUAACCCAUUGAGUGGCAGCACUCUCCACUUGACAUGUAAAAUCAUCUGGCACUAGACAGAGUAAAAUACUGAAGUAGGGCGCAUCUGUGUACAUUGCCACUCAAAAGGUUAUUUCACAAUGCGCCCUAAGCCCCGUUUACACUAUGCUCAAUUUUUGGUAUCGUACCACUUUUUGGUUCUUGUAGGUAGUCCAAGAACCAAAAAAUGGUACGGGUACCAAUUUUAUCCGUGCUGUACCAAAAAUUGAGUGUAGUGUAAACAGGGCUCUAAUUUAGUAUUUACUCUGUCUAAUGCCAGACAAUUUUACUUGUCAAGGGAUGAGCCUUGGACAUUAAAUCUUUAUUAUAAUUGUGUAUAUUAUAUGUGCACCAACAUUUUAGCAACAUAUGACCACAUUAUUGUAUGCUUGUGAAAAUUUUAAUAUAGUCCUUGAAUAACCCCUCGGACAUUUCAUAUUUACAAUUACAUUAUGUACACCAGUUUAAUUAUUAAACAAUAAUUAAUUCAUGACCAAGAGAUAUACAACAAAACACAUUUCAUUUGUAACUUUCUCACUAAGGCCAAUCUGAAAGUUAAUAUUGUUUAUCACCAACCAUUUUCAAAAUAACAGUGUGGGAUUUUUUUCAUUAUUCAUUCUUUUUUACCAAUCAAAUUGUGCUUGAUAAUUCCUUGCAGGCCAGUAGUAACUCAGGCAAAAUUCAGACAAAUUGAUAAAACAAGUUGAGUUGAGAUUGCUCUAUAUACGAUGCUACAAAACCUUUAUCAGGCAACCAAUCAGAGGUUUAUUGCAUUUUUUUAAUAAAUAGCAAAAUUUUCCAGCUAAAUUCCAUGCAGGAGACAACAAUAUCAAACACGAUAUCGAUUUUCAUUUGCUCUAAAUUCCUCACAGCUCACUUUAGUUCUUACUCAAAUGUACUUUACUGCACAUCUCUCUGUCAAUAUGUACAGUAUAUAAUUAUUACCUGUAUAUUAUGAGAUAAAUCACUAUAUUAAAUAUUACAGUAUGAUUUAUUAUAAGGUUUGUUGUCAUCUUCAUAGCAUGUCAUUCAGUAGAAGAAACCGUAGAAAAUCUGGAAAGUGAUCUUUGUACCAGAUCACUGGUUUUUGGUACAGGUUUCAUUGCAAUUGAUGGUGCAAUGGUUUUGGGGUGAUCACUUGACAUCUCACUUUUUCUUAACACUGUUUUUUCAUCAUCUAUCCUCUUUCUCAUGAUUCGGGAUACAAGAGUGGGCCAAAAGUCAUAAGAUUUCUCCUCUUUAACAACUUGGACUCUCCAAUUUUUUGACCUCUUACUGUAAACCUUGUGGUGUUUUAGGCUGCCACUCAAACUUAGAGAGGGAUUCCUGUCCAAAUUGUUGUUGUGAUCAAUCACAGCCACUAAAGUUCUUGCCAAAUAAGCUUCGUUCCUAUAAAGGAUAGCAAAUAUAUAAGAGUAUUAGAAUAUACUGUACAGUAGAAUGAAAGAUGACAUGAGCACAUGCAUCCAUUGUAUUAUGCCAGGCAAGUUUACUUGGAUAAAUUUUUGAACUCAUUGAGUGCCAGCACCCUCCCUUUUUUCUCGCAUUUGGCAUCAGACAGAGUAAAUAAUCUGACAUUCAAUAUAUAGUAAAAUUAUAAAGUGGGGUAUUUCAGGGUAAAGAAUGGCAAUUAAAUAGGUUAAAUUAGGUUAAAUAACUUUUUAUUUAGAUGCUUCAAAAAACAUAAAAUAAAGUGCUCAUACUCACUGAAAACUAACUCUUUUUGGUGCAUACUUCAAUAACAUAGAAUUGAAGUUUUCCAGUUUGCUCGUGUGCCUAAAACAUAAAUAGUUUUAGCUCAUACAUUACAUGUACAAUACAGUGGGGGUGGGGCACUGGUACAAUAGGCAUGUUUCUAUUGUAUUAUAUAGUACUAUUGCUCCUGAGCACAGCAAUGAAACAAUCAUUUACCUGAAUGUCACAUACUGAUCCAAUGUCUUCAGAAACCUGGGAUCGGUAACAAUCUUCCUUAUUGCGCCAAUGGCUUUCGAGUUUUUGUUCAGAAUGGGCUUUUCCUUUUCCGUUUCCACCAAUGGGCCAUGGUUACACUGACCAUCUGCCCAUUCAUGCUCUCCAGCCACAUGGUGUAUUACUCCAAACCAAUUGUCCUAAAGCAAAUGUCAGAGACAUUAGUCCAGAACAUGGUAUUGGAAAAACUCAGCAAAAAAAAAUUUUUGGUAGAGAGACUUCUUCAAUAUACUUCACCAUCAAUCAAAAAAUUUUCCUACAAAAUAUAUAUUGCAAUAUUUGCUGAUGUUAUUGACUGACGACCUAUGUCAAAAUAAGUGUAUCUGUAAUCAACAAACAUGUUUACAAAAGAAAAUGUCUUCCAGUUUGCAGGGGUAUUUCGCGGGGGGUCCCCCAAAACAUCACAAAUCCCCCCUCCCGGAAAAAAUGUGAGCAUAGGAAAUGACGUCUGGGUUUGUAGGAGGGGAGAAUCCCCCUCCCUCAAAUAAAAUUUAAAAACCCUGAAUUUUUUUUUUUGGGGGGGGGGAGCUCCCACAUACACAAGUUCCAAAAACCCCUGAGUUCGCACAAGUUUACAUUUUAUUCAGCUCAUGUAUAUAAAUAUUCCAAUAUCAUCAAAAAUAGUAUUAUAAACUGGUAUGUACAUAAACACCUAUCGCACAUAGCUCAAAAUUUAAAUGAUUACCUUCAACACUUCUGCAUCACCAUUACAGUGCUUGGCAAUAUGUCAAAAGUGGUUUCUGAUUGGUUCUGACCAUUCAGCAACUGAUUCACAUCCUUUCACUUUGGCUGCCUGCAAGAACCAGAAAAGCAUAUAUAUUUACAGUAUGGUAUUCAUGCUGUGAUGCUUUUCUACCAUUUCUAUAAUCGUUAAAUCAAUCUCAACCAAAAUGUAUUUAUCAUUGUCCCAAAUUGUGAUCAUAUAUCCAUGACACUCAGUCACCAAGCAUAAUUUACAGUGACAUAUAAAUUAGGUUUCAGAUCAGAUUAGUGCCUAAUUAUAUUUGAUGACUGCGUGUUGUGGAAACAAUGGCAUUAUAAUCAUGAUUGGGCUGAAUAAUUAGUAAUUAGUACUGAGGUCAAGCAGGAAAAUGAUAUGUUGCGACAUUGCUAUAAACAAUUACAAAAAAAGAUAAAACAUUGGAAUUACCUUUGCAAGCUUCUUGGUCAACUUGAUGGUCUUGUGCCAAAUAUCCAAGGCAUGAAACAGGUGUGAGAAGUGAUCUGGAUACUUUUCUAUAAAAGAAAAAUAAUCAAAAUAAUUAAGGAUAAGAUUUACUUAUGCUCCCAAAUAUCCCUGAAUACUUUUGUGAUGGAUUUCCAUCAUGAAUAUGAAACGAAAAACAUCGGAUAUAUAAACCCUGAUUAUCUGUCUAAUAUACAUUUUAGACAAGUUUACUGUCUAAUACGAGAAACUUGUCUAACUUUUCCAUUGUUGAGAUAAUAAUAGAUGGAAAAGUUGAGAGAGGAAACAUAUCGCUAGCUGAAUUUGUAUCUUACAGUACAUGAGUUUCCCAUGUCAGACGGAAAUUUGUCUUCUAAUACGAAUUCAUCAAUUGGCAAAGCUCUCUACAAUAAAAGUCCUAAUUAUUUUACUUACAUGAACUAAAGAUGAAAUACUGAUUUUCAUAAUUUCACAAAUGAAAAGAUCACAAUUAAAUGUGUUUAUAAUUACCUUUCAUUCUUCUGACUAGAGCCAUAACUGCAGUAGAUGCAUCUGUGACAACCUCACUGACCACCAAGUUUCCAACAAUUCUUUCAAGAAGUGUUUUUAAGCCAGCAACUUCCAUAUUUGUUGAUACUCCACCAGUUUGCCUUUUGUCUAUCACCUCCAGGUCAACAAUGACCUCCAGGAACUGCUCCAUUAGUACAUAAGUACCAUAUUUGGCAGAGAAUCCAGGAGAAUCACUUCUGCCAUCUCCACACAAGAUUAAAGUCUCAUUGUUUAGUACAGCCCAAAUUUCCUUCUUCAUUUCUUCCCAGAGGGAUGACACUUCAAGCACAACGUAGUUCCUUUGGAUUCUGUGGAAUGUUGAUGCGGACAAAAAACCAGUUCCAAGAAAUGUGAACAGUGUCCUCACCUUUUCAAAAUUGUUGCCGGUAAUUAAAAUAGAUGCAGCCAUUAGCAAGGUGUUUACAAACACCUUCUGCCCCCUCUUCUCACAUAACACCUUCGACGAUGUCCAGUCAUCCGCAUGACCAUUUUCACAUGUCCACAUAACAUGCAAAACACCACCUUUAAUGUGCCAACCUUUAACUUCACCCUUGGCCAUACAUGUUUUGAUCUGACAAUUUUGAAACAUGUUCAAAAUAAUGUCAACAUCAACAACAACCCGAUCCUUGCUGAAAUACUUUUUGUGUUCAUCACUCUGGACGUUCAUUGCUUCAAAUUUUUCUUUUAACUUUGAUUGCAACCUCUUUUUCCAUUCUUCUCUUGUUUCUGGGCCAUAUUGCUGCUCUACCACAACUUCGAUGCUACCACAAUCAUCUCCGUAGCUGAUUUCCAUAUCUUCUUCACCUUUUGUGGAUGAUGAACCCUCAGAACCACUUAAUGUACGUUCAUCAUCAUAUUCAGAUUGUGAAUCACUGGAAACAAAAUCAGAUAUCAAAAUUAUUAUCAGAUCAAUUUUUGAAUGAGGUUGAGCAGGAUAUCCAGAAUUAUUCAGACCAAGGUUGUAGAAUAAUUUGUAACAUUAUACUAUUGAUAACGCCGUAGGACAACAAACAACGGGUGAUUUAGUUGAUUGACGUAAGAAAUGUAUCGUAUGUCAUAAAUAAUAUACUUCGAAUUGAUUGUCAGAUUGAAAGCACGAGAGAAAGCCAGAAGGAUUGUCAUGUUAUGUAUUUUAUCGUUUGAAUAGUUUUAAAUAAAUAUGUUUUAAAGUACGCGUGUGUGUUCUAUUUCCGAUGGUAUUGUUCUGAUAGUAUACAGUCCCCACGAAGCGCAACUGUUUUAUCAUUCAUUCUAUGACAGUAACAAAUAAAAGAAACAAAAAUUAAAAACAAAUGAAAAUUAUUAACUUUUCAUAAAUUUUCCCGUCAAUUUUGUAGUUUCACACAAAGUACCACUGAAAUAUCUCAGCCUUCGGUAGAAUAACCUCUACAGUUUACUGUUUCCGCUGAAAAUAGCAUGGCCACCGACAAAUACCUAAAAUUAUUUGUAGGCUUGUAGCCAAUGAAAAAACAAGAGCACAGUAUAAUGAACAAUUAUAAUACUUUAUACUAUUUAGGGUGAUGCGGUUUUUCGGUAAACCGGAAAAAACCGAAUUUUUUUUAAAACCGAAUUACUCGAUGUUACUUUUGGAGAAAAACCGGAAAGCCGAAAAAACCGGAAAAACCGAAAAAACCGGAAAAACCGAAAAAACCGGGAAGAAACGAAAAAAACCGAAGAAAAAUCGGUAUUUUACUACCGGAAAAACCGGGAAGAAACGAAAAAAAACGAAGAAAAACUUGCGGGGCAAGUGAGCACGCCGGCACGAGCACAACUUAAACCGGAGAAAGUUGACAAACUUGUAUUCCUGGCGGAGAACUUAUAGUGGUUUACGCAAUAUUUCAAUAUUUGUACAUAGUUUAUUGUAAAAAUUAUAUCUUGUACACUGCAUGUUCCUUUUAUACUUCGUAGCAAGGGUUAAUAUAAUUGUUUUUAAACCGAAGUCUUGCGUGAGUACUGAGUAGCGUGUUGUGUCUUUUUUACCUUAGUUUCGAUUUUCGAACGUAUUUUUUUAAAAAACCGGUUCACUCGGUUUUUUCGGGUUUUUUUGGUCGGUUUUCGGUUUUCGGUUUUUUGUAGAAACCGCCUCACCCUAAUACUAUUCACUCAUUAUUAUCAACAUUUUCAAAAUGCCAUAGUAUUACAGUAGAUCCAGAUUUACUUUAUUACCAAAAGUAAAAUUCAAUUUCAAUGGCAAUGCUUGUUGCAAUUUGUCUUGCAAUAAUUUUAUUAAUUAUACAAAAGCCAUUGUAAGGUAGCUUUCAUUCAAUAACAGCUAAAAGAACUUACAACUCAUCCAUAUCAGUAACCAAGUCAACAUUUCUUGGAACUUCCAUUGUCGACGUUUCACUUGAGACAGAACUAUAUAAAUAUUAAUCCAUAGAGAGGGAGGUCAGGCAUAUUUGGAACAUCUGAUCCCAUUUACUUACCCAUGCGAGUUUUAUUCAGGGCCAGAUAGCAGGGUUGGGAAGGUUUUCACUAGAUAUGGGGGCACAAAAGCUAAAAAUCUAUGGGCACAAAACAGUUUCCAAAAGCACCUCACAAACACCUUUUUAGUUAACCUGAUCAAUGUAUAUGCAUUUAAUUUACCUUAUUUCAUCAUACUCUGAAUCUUCACUCAAACUAUCUGAUGAAAUAUCCCCAGCAUACACUCCAAAUUCAGGAUUGAGUGUAACAGACACACUUUCAACUGUGCUCACAUUGAGACUUGGAAUGCCAGUAACAUCUACAAUUCUAAAUAAGCAAAUUAUGCCGUAAUGUUUUAGCAAACAAAUCAAUUCACGAACACACUUACAGUAUAUAAUGUAUAUUCAGAAGUUUAUACUUACUCAUCAUGACUAGGUUCAUCCUCCAUGGCAAAUAUGGGAGAAUAAUCAGACAAUUGGGGUCUACUCUGUUUUCCCAUAGGCGUUGAAUGACAUGGACCUACAGUAAAUGUAAUCAGGAAAAAAACAUGAACAAUAUACCCUUGUAAAUAUUCCUAUAGAGCAAAACAAAUUAUGUGCCAAGAUCUUUAGAAUAUAUUGGAAACUCACCUGAAGGCGAUGUUUGACCUCUUUGUUCGUCGCUUAUACGAAGCAAAUAAUUAGCAAAAUCGCUAUUGCUCUUCUCAGAAAAUCCAAGGGAAUUCUUUUUUAUAAUCCACUCGUCAUACACUUGUGCUUGUAAGCCAAUUCGUUUAAUAGCAAUACCAAGUUUUGGCCUUCCACGCUUUGGCGGCCUAUCGCUGGUUGAUGUUGCCAUAUUUUAUCAUACAAAAACCCACAACCGGGACGAAAUGUAUGACAAAUAAACACUAAAUGGAGUAUUCCAAUACGUAUUCUAACCAAAACAAUGUCAACUAUUUAAUAUUCAAGAAAGAUGUUUAGGAUAUUCACGGAUGACAAAACUCAACUUUAUUUUAAUGAAUUUCUCGACCAACAAAAUGGCCGCGGACCAAAUUCACGCACGCAAUGCAUUGUGGUUGACAAUGAUUCUUUAAGUAAUCAUAGUUAAGGAUUUAACUACAGUGAUAACGCUAAUCAUAAUUAAAGUUAACGACGUUUUUAUACAACCGGCCCCUAUCUACACCGUAGGCUAACCGGCCCCUGGAACGAUAACAUUCAGUCAUUUGGCAGUUAAAAAGUGAAACCUCGCGUGAGCACGCCAUAUAGUACGUCAGUUUCAGUCCCUUUAUACGCCAUCACCGCGCGGUCUAUCACAAAUCAGCGCAUGGUUCUCAACACCAUGCACCUAGCCUGCGUGCAGGAGAUCUACUGCUUUGCCAUUCCUGUCCACUUAGACUGCGGGCUACGCCGAUUUUCAACAUAUGUCAAAAUUGGCCAAUCACACAGGUUGUUUACGUCGGCAAAUUUACUUAUCAAAAUGAAAUAAUAUAGAUUGCUUCACGUUUGCAAAUUUUAAAACGAAAUAAUAUACGGAUGUCGGCUAAAGAAAAUUGAAGUCUGUGGGAAUAGCGCUAGAGCAGUCUCUAACGUUGUCACACAAGUAGUUUUGCGUCACAAGUAAUUUGCGUGUGCGAGAAAGCUACGAAAUAUCGCGGAUACGUACAAAUUAGUAUCGACAGCGGUUAACCGUGAGGUAAAUGUCAAAGGGAAGAGAUGUAGGAAAGAGAAAGGUGUCUGAAGCCGUCACUCCAGAGACAGCAAGUCCUGUUCGUAAGCAUUCACGGCAGUUCUCUCCUGGCACCAAAUUAUUAGCUACAAAAUCAUCAAGAAAAAAUCUAUUUGUCGUCGAUGAAAACGAACACGCACGCGGCUAACAGACGGCAAUCGAACGAAGACACCACAGCCACUAUCUCUACAGCUUUCGUGAACAAAGUUCGUAAACGCCCUUUUUGUUCAUCCUUAAAUGUGAAUUGUGGUCUUUAAUUUAAGCUCUUUUGAACGCAAUACUCAUGCAAGAAACACUCUCACAAUCAAGCUAACAAUCAAUGAUAUUUUACUAAUUUUAGCAUAAAUUAGCAUAUUUUUCAUUUUGAGCCAUCAGAUUUCUUGUUCUCUGGGAGAACGAGUAAAAACGGAAAAGCAUAGGGUUUCGUGCAGGCUCUCCUUUCCCUGAGAGCCGCUACGCAGGAUACACCCGGUUAAUGAAUAACUUUCAACAUUUCAUUGUAUUCGCAUUGACCAAUCAAAUUACCUUCUGAGACCGUGAGACGGAAGUGGAUUGAAUAUCCUAGGGCUCCUGAGAGCCACAAGCGCAGAAGCCCUGCAUGUAUGACGUCGAACGAAUUUUAUAUUACUACUUUUAUACAAAUAUGUCUCAUUGAGGUGAAAAAUUGAAUUUUCCAUUCCACGAGGCGAAUAUUUUACCAGUCCGGCCGAGUAUUUUACGAGUUUUGUACGUGUACGUAUAAUUAAACUGUGCCGAUUUUAAUACUUAAGUAUGAGUUAUAAUCCUUUACCAGCAUACAAUUUCGCGAAAUAUAAAGUGAAACAGACUCCGAAUAUUAACGUAUUUUAUUAUAUAGUAGAGAGUGAGAUACUGAGAUACUGAAAAAUUACGUUCGAAACUCGUAAAAUACUCGGCUGGAUUAAAUGUCAAACCAUUCAAUAAGAUAUAUGUUAAACUUAAUAUUCGAGCUAGUAAAAUAAGACUAUUCGAGCUAUUCAAAAUAUUCUUCUUAUCCUUUUUGCUCGAAUGUUAAGUUCACAAGAUUUUAAUAUUCCGAGUGUGUUCCAUCUUAUUUUAGUAUUUAUUGUAUCUCAAAUUCAAUGUGUCAAUCGGAAAGCUAAGUUUGUGCCACGUGAGUAUGAAACGGGAUUUGACUCAUAUCACAUGCAUGGCGAUUUGGCCAUGUCACUCGGGUAACAUGAUUCGCGUAAACCACGCGCGGCGCUCACGCAAACAAGAUGGCCGACAAAAAUUAGGAUUAAGUUUUCAAACUUUUUAAAAUACUUAAGCAAAUUUUGAAAAUUGUUACUAUACUUGCGUUAAUCCAAAAUUAAAACAUUUACGAAGGUAUGUGGCAAGUUUCAUAUUCUCAACUUGGAGACUUUUAAUUUUCGGUAUAAUAUGUUAUUUAUAGCUCGGGGAAUUCGGCGAAAUAUUACCUUCAGUGAUGAUAUAUCAUCACUUCUGUUAAUAUUUCGCCGAAUCCACCUCGCUCCAGGUCCAUAAGUGAUAAGUGUUAUUAAUUUCAAAGGGUAUAAUCUGAUAUAUGAAUUAUAGUCAGUAACGGGACCGCGGAGCCUGUUUAAAAGGGGGGGGGGGGGCGGGAUACCACGGGAACUAUGCCACGCAGGCAGGCUGGAUUUUAUCCGGUUAUUUUUUUAUCCACCAAAAAAGUGGGGGGCUACUUUAAUUGCAAUGUCAACGAAUGAAAAAUUGAAAAAAAGUGUAACAAUCCCCAGUUGGGACACGAGAAAAACUCAAAACAGGAGUAAUAAAUACAACAGUAUAUAUAGGUAUGAUUUUUUUUCUUUAGUACCUUGAGCUGAGGUUUAGUUAUGGAGUGAGAAUACUUGGUUUUUUCCUGUUUGUCAUUUGUUAUGUAAGUGCUCAAUGUGUAGUAUAUGUUAUUAAACCGAUGUCUUUUUCACUAUUUUCAUUAUAUAUUAUCUUGCCUUAUGGGACAUCCUCGAGCAUUCGCAUUUUUUUUCUGUAAGUGUACAAUUCCCCGUGGUCGGGCUAGAUAUAGAAUGCGUACUUGAUCACGAUUCAUGUCAGUCCACUUUUGCGUGCCCUUUUAAAUCCGCCAUGUUGAAUUUGACUGGGAGUGCAAACUACUAAGUAUAAACAAAGCUAAAACUAUGUUUUCAUUGUCAAAACGUUUUGUCUUGUUGUCAAAUUUCUAAUUUGGGGAUAGAUUUUGAAAUAUUAAGUUCUUUGAUGGGACAAAGCAAAUGUGCAGAUACAAAAACGGUGAAAUAUAAUUUACUCCUAAUACAUUUUUGCAUGCUCUGGACGUUACUAUUGUCACUGUUUUGUUAAUAUCUUAUAAAAUUACAAAAUGAUAGUUCUUUAUUCGUCGGUUUUCGUUUUUCUUUAAUGUAAACGAAGUGUUUUCAUGUUCUUGAAACAAAAAUAUUUAGUUGUCCAUAAACUGUAAAAACGCCUAAAUUAUCGCCGAAAAUUAUGGUUUCAAAAACUUUGCCUCAAGCUAAAGGAACGUAGAAAAUAUAAAAGGUAAUUGUAUAAGUUUAAAAAGAUUAUUGAACUCCAUUUAUAUUAUAAGAAGAGUUGAAAUAUUUGUAGAACAUACCUAUUGAGUUUGAGUUUAUCUUGAUCUUUCGUGUUUUGUUUUGAAUUUCACAAAAACGUCGAAAUUAUAUUAUUUUAAACGACGAUUUCUGUAUAUAUUCUGUUCAGAACUGUUGAUUUUCGUAAAUAAAACCCAUGCACUGGAAUGGGUUUUCCUUCUUUACAAAUAAUACAAAACCUUUUUUCCAUUUUAAGUCUCGAUAAAAAUUUUUUUUUGCAAACUUUGAAGUUGAAAAAACAAUUCGCACUCCAAACAUCCUUGCCUCAGGAGUCUGAGACCAACCAAAUUACAAAAUGCCCUUAUAAAUCCGCCAUUUUGUGGAGACAAUUUUUUUUGCUGAGAAAAGAUAGGAGUAGGCUACGCAUUCUAUAUCUAUUAUUUCUAUGCAAUGCCUCUGCCCGUGCGGGAAAAGAAAUGAUGACAAAGCUCGGCCGAACUAACGAAGAAACGAAGUUUUGCUUGGAGAUUAUUAAUGCUUAUAGAAGUGUUUGCAUACAUGUUUUACAUAUUCGUAAUUUUAUAGUACAAUUUAUUAGAAUCCCAGCUUUUAGACAAGAAAACAUGCUCCCCUUUGCGAGGCUUUUAUAGUCGUAAUACAAUGUGGGUUAAUGUAACUAAUGCCCGAACCCCGAGUAAAAUAGCUUGCAUGCAAAUGCCCGGGGAAAUUACUUCUGCAGGUGCACGUUCAAUAUAUUUUCUUAUAUAAACCGAUAUCUUUUCACUAUUGUUAUUAAUAAUAUAUAUUCUCUUGUUCGGAGAUUCACAAUGCUCCUGUAUGCCUCAAUUCCUUAUUAAAUCAGUUUAAAAACUUACAAUAUAUAUUGGAUUUUCGUCAAUAAUGAAUCUUAUGGCUUUGUUUUGUAAAAUGAGAAAGAAGAACAAGAAUGGACGAAACUUGAUUUUUUCCUCUGAAAUCACUGCAUUGCUUUUCCUAAUUUACUGUAUAUAGUUGCUGUAUCUCUCUGUGGUUCUGUACGCUCCAUCGCUAGCUCUUCAAGCAGGUAAGAGGGGCACCGAAAAAAAGAGUAUUUGCUAGUGACUCUAUAGUUUAUACACUAAGGUGAUACUAAUGUAGACCCAAUAUAAGCCUGUGUAAGGUGAAUAUCUGAUAUAUACAUGAAUUUGUGGUUAGAGCUCGGUAACUGGACUCUGUAGCUCAGUCGGUUAGACCGCUGCACCAGAAUCUCAGGGCUGCAAGUUCGAUUCCUGCAAGAAAGCCUACAGUUCCAUUUUUCCUGUUCGUGAUUAAGUAAGAGGCUGUCUCCGUAAAAACCUCCAGGUCAGUAUGUAGCCUGCUCACAGACGUUGUAGUUCUUACGCCAAGCGACGCAAUACUACCGUCUGCUUACCCGAGCGCCAAACUGAAUUCCGCUACGUCGAGUCGUCGACCAAUCAAACGUUUAUACUUUGAAACGUUUAUACUCUAACUUGCCUAUACUUUUCUACAUGACAAUGAGAGCUUAAUCUUUUAGAAGUUUUCGUCGAAGUUAUAGCAUAUAGGAAGUAUCAAGAGCAACAUUUGGACAUAUCCUGAUAUAGGCCUACUCGAGUUUCCCGAUUGAUUGUUUGUCAUUGUUAACAAAAAUUUAAAUUUCGCCUACUGCAUUGCUUUAGCACUUUAUAUACACCAAUUGUUUGCUGAACAUGCGAGAAGAUGAUCACAAUAUUAUUCUACGUAAACAUCGUGAAGUUCAACGCUAUAGUUUCCAAAAUAUAUCCACGCAAGUAAACAAAUUUCGAGUUUCAACCCAAACAAUAUAUUCCAAUGCAUGUGCAAGGGCUUUCCCCAGUAGCUAAUCUCUCAAUAAGGCGGCUUCCAAUUGGCUCUAACUUUUUUGAACACUGCCAUAUGAUUGGCUCCUAAAACAAAGGGAAUUGAAUAUGCUGCUCGCGUAAGCAGACGGUAGUAAGAACUACAACGUCUGUGAGCAGGCUAGUCAGUAUGGGGCUCAAAAAUAGAUUUCUCUCAUACUCUAGUAUUUUGAAGAUCUAUCCUUUGGAACAACUAAAAUCGAUGUCAUUUUACUCAAAUUUCCUUUAAAUUAUUUUUGGGGGCGAUUGAUGUUCGAUCGACUGGUAACCAACUUAAUUGACUCCGAAUGGAGGCCAAAUAUCGACAUAUUUUCAGCGCUAUUUUUUAAAUCAAAUUCAUGCCUAAAUUUCAAAAUUCUUGCUCAGAAAUAUAGACUUAUCCUUCUAUUUUCGCGGGUGAUAUGACUUAGAUCAUUAUUCUGUGGUAUAAAAUAGAAAACAGCGCAGUUAUUGACCCUCCUGAACGGAUAUCCUCUCAAAAUAUGACAACUUCGAAAGCUUAUUUCAAAAUCGUGGCACUUGAUUAGCACAUGACUUUAAUUUUUCUAUAAACUACUAACAUUAGUCAACACAAAUCGCCAAUAAUAGCUUUCUGAUCUACCAUUUGACAAAAAUGACAAGCGCGCAAACUUUGUAAAAUUUGAAAAUGUGUCGAAAUCGAGCAUACUUUAUCGGUAAACAUAAUUCUUGAUAUCAACAAAUAAAACCACCUUACACUACACUGAAUGAAGCUUGAUUGUGUAAAUAUAUGUCUUUCAUAAUUAUUCUUUGGUUUUGCACUCGAAUGAAAUUGUUUGACUGUACAGUUUGGCUUCAAGGAUAGUCACUCAAUGCCAGUGUGUCCAGUGUGUUCGAAUUCUGUGCGCCUCAAUGCCAUGAGUCCUGAUUGUGACAUACGAACUUCGCUCUGUUCGCUUUGUUUACCUCCUGUAAAUAAAAUGUCUCAAAUUAGAAAUUUCAGAAUUAGUCAUACUACAGACAAUUUUCAUACUACAAUUUUCAUUGGUUUGUUUACCUUAAACUGUUAUAUAAAGUUUCGUUUUAUAGAACGUACGAAUUAAUCUCGGGGAAAACUCCUAACCAAAAGAAGUGUACUCGCUGAGCGUAAACAUGUCAAUCAAAUGACGAUGAAAUGUUUCGUUGCUCUCUGAUUUCCCUUUCUUUGUAUUGCAUUAAAUACGAGGUUUUUGUGUUUACAAUAAUGGUGUUUUACUUUUACUACAGCCGCAAUUUGUGAUCACGCAACGUUAGGUAAACCUAAACGAUUUCGAGAGACAGUAGAUUUUAUGUUGACAGAUGAGAAUGACGGUAAGCAAAAAUGUAGAAGUGUUCCUUUUCUACUUCUGAGUGUGGAAAAUUCCGAGACACAAUAGACUGUUCUUCGAAGUUGCUGGCGUGUAAGAUGAAAUUAGUUAUCACUUGCAAAUUUGUCACCCUUUAAAGCUUGUCGGAAAGAAGAAUAUAAAUUAAUUCUAAUUUUCAGAACCUUUCUAAUUGUUACUGAAGAAAGGAAUAACAUUGAUUAAAUAACUGAGACGUUCAAAUGGGUUACAGCUCUUUGCGCUGAAUUGUUUUGUAUUAUAUCAAAAUAUUCGCAUAUUUUUAUACAAUAAGAAAUAAUAUAAAUUCUUGAAGCAUAGCCUUGAGCAAAGUGACCCAGGGUCGGCCUGAAAAAGUUGAUUUUUUAUACAGAACCGUGACUUACUUGAAUUCUAGUUUCAUUGAUAAUUGUUUCUAAACUUAGAGACAAUUCAGGUUGCUAGAAAACUAUACUGAGCGAAACUAACGAAAUAUUGAUAUUUGACAUCACAGCGAGUAUACAUUUCUGAUUUCUUUCGGCCAGGGCCCGGGGUUUUCCCCGAGAUUUAAUUCGUACAUUCUAAGUUUCUAACGAAACUUUUAUAAAACAGUUUAAAAACGAUGAAAAUUCUGUCUGUAGUAUGACUAAUUCUGAGUUUUCCAAUUUCAUUGAACAUUGUUAUUUGUUAAACAGGUAAAGGUAUUUGUUAAAGAGGUAAACAAAGCGAACAGAGCGAAGAUUGUAUAGUAUGUCACAAUCAGGACUCGUGGCAUUGAGGCGCGCAGAAGACACUGGACACACUGGCAUUGAAUGACUCUAUCCGUGAAGCCAAACUGUACUCAAACAAUUUGAUUCAAGCGCCAAACCAAAGAAUAAUGAUGAAAGACAUAUAUUUACGUAGUCAAGCUUCAUUCAGUGUAGUGUAAGGUGAUUUUAUCUGUUAAUAUCAAUAAUUAUGUUUACCGUUAAAGUAUGCUCGAUUUCGACACAUUUUCAAAUUUUACAAAGUUUGCGCGCUUGUCAUUUUUGUCAAAUGGUAGAUCAGAAAGAUAUUAUUGGCGAUUUGUGUUGACUAAUGUUAGUAGUUUAUAGAAAAGUUAAAGUCAUGUGCCAAUCAAGUGCCACGAUUUUGAAAUAAGCUUUCGAAGUUGACAUAUUUUGAGACGAUAUCCUUUAUCCGUUCAGGAGGGUCAAUAACUGCGCUGUUUUCUAUUUUAUACCAAAGAAUAAUGAUCUAAGUCAUAUCACCCCCGAAAAUAGAAGGAUAAGUCUAUAUUUCUGAGCAAAAAUUUUGAAAUUUAGGUAUGAAUUUGAUUUAAAAUAUAGCCAUGAAAAUAUGUCGAUAGUUGGCCUUCAUUCGGAGUAUCAAGUUGGUUACCAGUCGAUCGAACAUCAAUCGCCCCCAAAAAUAAUUUAAAGGAAAUUUGGGUAAAAUGACAUCGAUUUUAGUUGUUCCCAAGGAUAGAUCUUCAAAAUACUAGAGUAUGAGAGAAAUCUAUUUUUGAGCCCCAUAUUGACCUGGAGGUUUUUACGGAGACAGCCUCUUAAAUUGGAAAGCCUGUAUAAAUUCUAGACUUUAGGGUUGACAUUUGGUAUGUUUUGUUUUUGUUAUUCACAAUACUUUUUAUGCAUGCAUGCGCUUUUUUAAUGUGGAAAUUAUAAUCAUUUAUAACAAACCAUGCAGGAUUUCUCAAACGUCGGUUUCUUGAAAAAACGUCUGUUUUCUAUUCUAAAAAGUAAAGAUACACAUAAUUAGCCUUAUGUCUUGAUUCGUGCAUGGGAGGGAGGCACCCAGGCAAAGAAAGUAUUCAUGACGUAAUUAUCAAAAUGGUGUUGAAGGUGCAUUCAUGAUUGGAAAGCUAUAGUUACUCAUUAGCCAUUGCGAAGAUGCUUCAAUUUUCGUAAUUCUUUGUUUUGUUGACAAAAUGCGUUAUCGAUUUUCCGUUGUUAUCUCCAAAUUUUGAUUUCCCAAGCUGAUUCAGUGACAUUCGAUAACUUUUUUCGAUCGAAGCCAAUCGUUCAAAUUUAA